AUGGAGACCGAGUUCAUUCUCGGGGAGAUAUCCAUGGAUAGCACUACCGUCGCUUCAGAGGAAUGUCAGAAUGCUCCAGACCUUGAUGGGCUCGCCUUCAAGGUUAUCAAAGCCGCUGCUGUGGCUCAGAAAGCUCACACGUCGAUCAUGGCUUCAGAUAUGCUGGGAGUUGAUCUAUUUCGAAAAGAGCAAGGUAUCUGCAUGGAGGGCACAGACGCCCACGACUACCAUGAAUGCCUUUGCAGCAUGUACGCGACAGUCGUCGAUAAGCACCUCUUGUGGGCUACACCUAACGGUCUUACUACUCAAGCCGAGAGGAUUCUCAAAUUUGGGCCGAUCUUUGAAAGCGAUCUCACUUACUGCGAUGCCUUUGGAAACACACUGCUGCAUUUUUUUGCCGCUCGGGCACACCCUGCACUCCUUCUUCGGGCACUGAUAGAACACGACGGCUUGGCCAGGUGCCUUAAUACGUCCGGCGAGAGUUUCCUUCACUGCCUCUCCAGGAAAUGGUACGCAGGGGAUGCCAUUUACCUCCGCGUGCUGCUUCGUCAUCUUGCUUCCGACAAUAGUCCCAACAAGUUGGAUGUCUAUUCGAAAGACGUGUACGGCCGAAGUAUUUUCCACCUGAUGACUGAAUCAAUAAUCAGCCAUGAAACGCUUGCCGAGUUAAUGGAGCUAUUCGACUCUGAUGUCUAUGCAACAAGAGAUGCGUUUGGUACAGUUCCGGAAGCAACACGAUCACAGAUACCGUCCCAGAAUCAUCAUACAACAGACAAGCCAGAUGAACUCGGUCCAGUCGAUUAUCAGGCCCGACUACGCGAAAUAAUCGACCGAGUCUACGCGUGCGAAGAUAAAAGGGCUGAGAAUGAGGGCGGCUGGAACGGUCUGCACUGUACUGCCUCCAUCAUCAUCUCGCAAAACUCACUUCUGGCAUUCCACAAGCUACCCAAUCUGACAGGAGAACAUCCGAUAUUGGGAAAGAAGUAUAAUCACAAGAAGAUGGAACACGAUUCCUCGACAAAGUUUUUCAAGAGGAGGGAAGAUAUCAUGCUGGACCUGAUAGAACUUGGAGUCGACGUCAACGCGUAUGAUGCCUUGGGAAACACUGUAUUAAUGCAUUUCGUGGCGUAUUUGCCGGAGGACGAUGAUAAAAAAACCCCGGUUAACAUCAUCGACCGAAUUAUCGAGUCAGGAGCUGACAUACAAGCACGAAAUCGCGUCGGUGAAACAGCUCUACAUGUGGCGGUUCGGCUCGGCAAAAAGCUUGCAAUGAAGACGCUGGUCGUCAAAGGAGCCAACGUCCAUGCCAAAGACAUCCGUGGUCGGACUCCCUUGAGAAUUUUGGCCGAUGAGAUUCAAAAAGCAGGGAAUAACUCUGUGACUUACGCGCAUUUGGAGGCAUGCUUCACAUGGUUAUCGGCACAGGGGGAGGCAAAGCUGCGUUCAUCCGUGCUGGAUGAGUGGGGUUGGUUUGGCUUACCAACUGGCCGGGGAGCGGGCAGAAUGGGCUCAACAAGUUUGGACUUGUGGUACGACGAGUCCAAUGCAAACUCUGUGAUCAAUUACAAUGCAAGGGACAGAAAGAGCCAGAAGGUUCUGCAACAGCUGCGCGAUGUGCUUGAAAAAGAGCCCAAUGAAGAAGUCGGCAAGAUUGAGUUGACGUGGCCUGAACGACCGAAUGAAAAAGAAGAAGUUGACAGCUUAGAUUGCGAGUACGAGGAUGGGUGA